AUGCAGAACGAGUGGUUAGACAUAGGAGAUUUUUGCAUCCCAUUAGCAUUAAAAUGGCGCACUUUAAUUUAUGAUUGGUCGCCAGCAUUGCUAAAAUUCUAUCUCAAUGCGUUCCAGAUGACUCUCCCAGAUCAGAGUAAUUUAGUAAGAUGGGGUAAAAGUACCGAAAAAACUUGCUAUAUCUGUGGAAAGGCAGUUGGAACUGCUAAGCAUCUGCUGGUGGAAUGUAAGGUACUCCUGGACAGCGGUCAAUACUCACGUCGUCACGAUAAGGUUCUAGAAGUCAUACGUUUUGUGAGAGAAGGCACUAGGGCUACAAAAUCAAACGUCAAGCCUUACUCCAUCCUUAAAGCGGCGUCGGAUUGGACUAUAAUGAUGGACACGUAUGAAAAGCAAUAUAAAAUCCCCGAAGAUAUUUGUGCGUCGGCCUCCAGACCGGAUAUAUUUUUGUUUUCGCGAAUUUUAAAGCGCGUAGUGAUGAUAGAGCUUACAGUCCCUUGGGAAACCAACAUCCCCAAAGACCAUACCAUCAAGGUCAACAAAUAUUACGAGCUCACAAACGAACUCACUCGAAAUAGGUUCGUAGUAGAUUUGUACGCGGUAGAGGUGGGAGCGAGAGGUAUAACAGCGAAAUCUCUCUACAACCUACUAAAGGACUUGGGCUUGUCCAGAACUCACAUUAAUGCAUUCUUGGAACGUAUAUCGAAGGCAGCCCUAGUAGGUUCUUUUCAAAUUUGGUUAGGUAGGGAGAGGAGCUUGGACAGUGGAGGUGAGCGUAUAACGCGCGUUAGUUAA